AUGGAUCUGAGUCUUUCACAACAGCUCGAUGUCAUCGCCACCGAAUCCUUGGAAAUCGAGGCAGACGACAUUAUUGACAUGCACAAGCAACAGCACCUCUCGAUUACUUCGAAUUCCCCGAUGGAUGCCGGUCUAUCACAGGAGCUAGACGCACUAUUAGACAUGUCUUUGGAUAUUCCGAUCGAGGAAGAGGUGAAUGGGAAGAAGGCCAUGAUACAGACAGAGGAGGGGAAGGGAGAACAAGGUGGUAACAUCUCCCAGAUACCGGACCCUACGGUAUUGCCGUCGCUCAGUGACAACUCGGACUCAGCUCAGGAAGAACCGAACCCUCUCUCAUACGCGGAGAGAACUUCGUGCAUUGGCAACAAGUAUAACUAUAACGAGGCCAGCAGAGAAGACAUAGCUCGCAGACAUCGGGCUCUCCAUCGGAAGCUUAUCCUGACCGAGGCUGAGAACUCCGAAUCGGAAAUGGAUCCUGAUAGUGAACUAGAUGGUGAUGGAGAGGAGGGAAGCUCACAGGACCGGGAUGAUUUCAUUUCACAUGGAUGGAGCCAUGGAGAAAGAUCGCAAGAAGACGGUGCAUAUCAUCUGGGUCUUCUGUCUCAGAAUGUCCCAGGCGGGCCGCAGUUUCGCGACCCACCAGUGCGCCGUAGUAUUUUCGGAGGAAGAGAGAUCCUUCGCAUGGAAAAAGCAAGAGACAGCUCAGGGUCGCAGGAUGACGGUCUCACGGAUGGAUACGAGAUUGGUAGCUUUGUGACGGACGAUGAAGAAUCUUCAUCCAGCUGGGAGUGA